ACCAACUGAAGCUCCUGUCAGUCAAGAGUCAGUGCAGCAGCCGCGCUGCAAAGAUUUAAAGUCUCCGCGUUUGUCCCCUGAAAGUACGUACAUGGCUGACAGAGGCCAUGAUGGAGCAGAGAGAGAUGCAGAGGACACAGAUGAGCUUCUUUACACUGAUCUCAAUGACAACAGCGAUGUGUUUGGACUGCGUUCUCCGCCUCUCAAACUGGACCACUGUGACUUCAUCCUAGACGCUAUGGAUGCUCAGCUUGGUCAGCUGCAGGUCUGGCCCCAGAAACCCAGAGAGCUUGAUUGCAGCGAUGCAGCUCCUCUUAGGUGGAGUCAAUCUCUGAGCAAAGACACAGGCCUUGGAAGUACAACUCAAACAAAUGACACUCCAAUGUCUUGUCUUGAUUUGAUUGACACUCCGACGAUGGAGGAAACAUCAAGGAGAAACACAAGCUGUUGGGAAGGUCCUGUCACUCAUGAGGAAACUAAACCGAAGUUAGACAGAAGGACAAGAGACAGAGAGGAGAUGGAGUCUCAGAGGGAGCAGGUCAUCUGGAGGCUCGAGAAGCUGCUUGGAGACAGCUGUAAUGAGGGAAGGAUGGCAGGAGAAACCCACCCUCCUUCAGACAGCAUCUGCACUGAGGACUUCGUCAGAUGCUUCAGAGACGAGAUGGUUGAAUUGCCAGAGAGUAAUAUGCAGCAACUAGAUCGAGAAGAAGAGGCUGAGAGGACAGAGAUAUCAGACUGUGACACUUGCCAGAGUGAACAAAAGGGAGAAAGUGUUUUUAAUGUGGACGGAAGAGGAACAACAAUGACUGGGAAAUGCAGUAAAGACACAGAGACUGUUUAUUAUUCCCAGUCAAAUGAGCCAUGCCAAAGUAAAGAACUGAAGAAAUGUCUUUCUGACAUAAAUGGAGUAAAUACAUCACAUGUUAGUGAGGAAGAGGGAGCUGGAGAGAAAUACAACACACUGCAGAGGCUUGGUGAUAGCAGCAUCUCUCACAGAACAGAGGUUGUAACAGAACAUGAAACCCCACGGCCGAACAACAACUGUUCUCCAGGCCAGGCCAGAUGCUUGGCAGGAGUACCCGUGUGGAGUUUUGACACCGUGUCCAUUGACAGUGACCUUGACUCAGUCUGCACAGAGCAAGUCAGGCAGCAUAUUCACAGGCGGCCAGGAUGGCGCUCCCUAAUUCAGUCUGUCACAGACAUGGAUGACUACUGUACCAACCAGAGUGACUAUGAAACACCCACACAGGAAGAAAGUGAACCUCAAUCUACAUCAGGCCACAGAUCCUCUUGUGUAAAUGCACAAAACAGAAGUCCUUCUGUCCGUAAAGCACAGCGUAAUAAGAGAGAAACUUACAGGUCUUCUUCGGGUGAGAAUGACAAGGACACAGAUGAGGAAAUGAAUCACUGGACCAGGAGAAGCAGGCCCGAGAGGGCAUCAGAGAAGACGCUGUCUGAUUGGGCCAAGACGAAAGGGCGUCUCUCUACCCUCCAACAAAAAUGUGGCGAAGAGGAGGAGACACUGCAGUUGAAGAAAAUUCAGUUAAAAGAUGUUGAGUUCUCCCUCUCUGAACUUCAACAUAGAAGAAAGCAUUCUUUGCAGGACUUAGAGCGACUGAGUGUAGAGACAGCAAAGAUGCAGAAGGAGAAGAGGACUCUAGAGUUUGUUCUGAGAGACAGCAGGACAGGGAAGGACUCUAUUAGUUACCAGCUGCAGAGGCAGAGAGAGUCCUGUAUCCUUGAGCCCAGUGUCGUCAUGUCAGUGCUGGAGAGAGAGGAGAUGGACAGACAGCUGGACGGUGCCAAAACAGAACUGUUUGCUGAACAGCGACGUGCAAGAGAGAAGCUAGAGUCCAUGCAAGAAAAGUUGGAGGAGACUCGUGAGGAGCUUCAGAGGGUCACAGAGGCAGAGAGCUUACUGAGGAACAGGUGUGCUUGUCUGGAGGAAAAACAGAAGCAAAAAAAGGAUCAGAUCAAGACAGUUGAGUUUCAAGUAGGCGAGCUGCAGGGUGAACUGGGAGAAUGGAAGAUGAGAGUGGGUACUCUUGAGAGGAUGCUGGCCCAGAAGGAGCUGCAGUUGCUAGAUUUUCAGGAGCAACAUGGGGCCUUACAAGCAGAAAGAGAUGGACUGAAGGGGGAGCUACAACACCUGAAAACCCAGCACUACAAUGCACUGAAAGACACCCAGGAGCAAACCCAUAGAACGGUGGAGGCAGCACUGAAGCAGCAAAAGAAAGAUUUGACUUUGACUCAUGAGCAGCAAAUCCAAGAGGUUAAUAAGCAGUCUGAAGAGGAGAAAGCAAACGCUUUGAAAGAACAAGCUCUGUCUCUCACACAACACAUUGAGUCCUUGAAGAGUUCCAUUCAGCUAAAAGAAGAAGAGGCAAAGAAGCUGAGAAAUUAUCUGGAGCAGCAGAAGGAGGAGGCAAAGAACCGUGAAAAGGAGCUGCAUGUAGAAGCCUCGGAAAAGGUGCACAGAGCUAUUGAAGAGGAGAGGAGGAAGUGGGAGGCAGAACAAGUGGAAGCUGUGCAGGUGCACUGUGGGAUACUGGAAGAGCAGAACAGAAAGAUCCUGGAAAGCACAAGGAGUGAGAUGCAGCGAGAGAAGAGUAAAUCACUGGCUCUUCAACAUAAAGUGGUGAAACUAAAAACAAGAGUACAGCAAUUGGAGGGUGAAAUCUGUGCACAGCAGAGAGAGCAGGACUCUUUGCUGGCUGUUAUUUGCAAAUCACUGAAAGAGGAGCAUCAGGCUGAGCUGCAGAAGUUACAGAGACAGAUGGCACAGGAGAGUCAGAGGGCAGUGCUGCACCUCAAGCAGGCAGUUCACCUGGCAGAGAAAGAGGCUGACGGGCUCCGGGGGAUGCUAGAAGAAAGUGAAAGGAGCCAUAACCAAAUCACAGCUGAGCUGGAUCAGCAGCUACGGCACUGGGCCCAAGAGCUGGGAGCAGAGUGCCAGCAUUUACACCUCUUAGUGGAGCAGAGUGGAGCCAAACAAACUUCUGUUCAGCUACCUCCCAGUCCUACAGUAGCUGAGGCUCUUACAAACCUGACAGUGCUAAGAGAGCAGUUGAAGCAGUUGAUUAGCCAGCUACACCAGGAGCUUGAUUCAGAGAAACAAACCACUGAGCAGCUGAGAAAAGACAAGGAACGAGAAUUGAGCAUCCAGAGGCAACAGCUGAGGAUGGAGAGAGACCAAGCCUUAGAUUCUCUAACGGAGCGUCUCAUUCAGGAGCACAUUGAGGAGUUAAGCAGUCUGAACUGGACCCAUAUGUGCGAUGGGGGAGCUGAGGGAGGAGGAGUGGCAGCAUCUCUUCGCAAACAGCUGAAGGCCAAAGACCUGGAGCUCAGGCAGGUUCAGAGGAGCAUGGGUCAGUGGAAGGAGCAGACUGCAGCUCGUCUGGCGUGCAAGUUUGAAGAAGAGUUGACAGCUGAACUGGAAAGGUGCAAGACAAAGUUGUUAAGGGGCAGAAAAACAUCAAAGACAUGGGAGAAGAGGCACAGAGAGCCUGAGAGGCCUGAAGGAGGGAUAACACUUAGUGCAAAGGAAGCUCAGAAUUCAGUUUGUUCUCCUUCCCUCCAUGUUGCUGCCCCCCACAGCCCCUCAGAUGUAGCUUCAUUCAAGCUUCUACGUUACCUCCAGAGCAGGGUCAAGCAGCUCCGUGUAGAAAACCAAGCCUACACCUGGAGCCCGGUGCCUUCAAAUGCAGUCCCUUUAGAUUUGUCUGGAUCCUAUGUUACAACAAUCAGUCAAGGUCAAGACAUUGCUGGGAUUCAGGGCCACUCAUCAAUCAGGACAGUCUCAAGUUAAGGACAUGAAACCUUACUCAGUGCGGGUCACACACACCAGUGACAUAAUGUUCACAAGCAUUUAAAACUGUUUUUCUGGCAACAGAAAUGAAUCAUUUACUGUAACAUGUGCAUAAGAUAGCAGAUUAACAAGCAGGUCACAGUGACAAAUGACACAACCGAAGAUUUGGUCAUUAAGUUUACAUUCCUCUGUGUGAAGGCAGUCAAAUUUUAUGGCUUAAGGUUACAGUGAACUGUGAUGAACUGACUUUUCAUUGGAGAUCAUGUGAUUUAUGUCAGACAACCUCAUAAAGCUGACAGUAAUUCGUGGGAACCCCUUGUAUAAUCAGUAUGUUAAAUCAUGUUAAAUUGUACAAUAAAACAAAUUCUGUGGA